AAUCUAGCAUGGACACUUUUCAAUGUCAAAGAGCUUGGAGAAGCAAUCACUGGCCCCUGGCACUCUCAUCUUGAACAUAAAUAUGAACAAAUGAGAGAGCUUCAUAAAUCCAUUAACAAACCUAUGGAAGAGUGGCUGCAGCCCACACCAUCUACAGCCCCAAGGAAGUGGAUGAGUGACUUCCUGUCUGGGCGCAUUUUCGACAUUUACAAAGCUGGGCUGUGUGACCACAGAUUCUUAGUAUCUAGGAAACAAACAAGAAACUUAUUCGACCUUUCAAAUACCUGGAAAAAG